ACACCACGGGUGAACAAGAGGAGGAAGAAGAGAAGAGAGUACAGUGCUGGAAGAACCACAGCGGCACUCAGAUUACGGCGACAGGUCCCGACGGGCUCCCAAGAUGUCGAAGAAAAACGAAUACAGCCCUGCGAAGAUCAACAAGCGGGAGGCAGUUGAACUUUCUUCAGUGAUCAGUCGCAUGCAGAAGAAUGCAGACCAAGUGGAGAAGAACAUCCUCCGAGCUGAGGAGCUGCUGGGUGGGGACAAAGCGCAGGAUGAGAAGAGCAAGCAGCUCCUUCACCAGCAGGAGAACUCAAGGAACCUGAGUCAGGCUGAGGAGCUGCUCAAGGACCUUUUCCUGGACGUGGGCAAAGCCAGGAAGCUGAAGCACCCGCAGGCCUCUGAGAUAGAGAAAGAUGUGAAAAACCUGCAUGAUCGCUGGGCUAAGAACUGCACCAUCUACAGAGAUCUGUACGACCAGGUGCAAGACUUGGAGCUGAAGCAGAAAAUUGACUGGGGCCCUGUACUUCGAGAAAAACAGAGCCAUAUAAUGGGAGAGGAGUACGGCCCUAACCUGUGCGACGUAGAGAAGCAGAUCGCUGAGCACAACAUUCUCCACCAGCAGAUUGAAGCCUACAGCAGCCAGCUGCAGCCCAGCUCCACAACUUCGCCGGAGAAUUACAAAGCCUUCAAAGAAGAAUACGUCAAACUUUUAGAGAUCUCCAAGCUCAGGCACAACCACCUGGCCUCUCUGUAUGAGUACAUGCAGAGCUGCAGCAAGGAGCUGGUCUACCUCUCCAGCCAGCAGGAGAAGAUUCUCAACAGAGACUGGAGUGAUCGCAUGGUUGACACCUCAGGAGUCCGCAUGGAGUACGAGAAGUUCAAAAGCAAUGGACUUCUGGCACAUGAGCGGGAGGUCAACCAACUCCUGGAGGAAGGGGAAAAUCUUGUUCAGAUGAAACACCCUGGCUGCCCAGCAAUAAUAAUGCUCAGGGACAAAGUGCAGCUGGAGUGGCAGUCCUUCCUCAACUUGUGCAUAGCACAAGAAAUGCACCUGGAGAACGUUGACAACUACAAGAAGUUCCAGCUGGAUGCAGAUACACUGUCCGAGUCUCUGCAGAGACUCAACUCCACCUUGGAUCCAAAGUUCCUGAACAGCAAGAGCAACUCAGAGAUCCUGCUGGCGCUGGAGGGAGAUGAACCAUCUGUGAAAAGGAAUGAGCAGCGUGUGGAGGCCCUCAGGGAGCUAAGCAGCAUUGUGGCUCCUCUGAAACUGCGCAGAAUCCAGCCCACCAAACCCACCAUUGCAUUGUCCCUGUGUGAUUGGGCAGAUGAAAACGGGUCUGUGGAGCGUGGUGUGGAGCUGAUCCUGAAGUCCAAUCCAGACAAUAAGUACUGGGAGCUGGAGGACAGCAAUGGGAGGACCACAAGCCUCCCAGGAGCAUGUUUUGAGAUUCCACCACCUAAUCCAGAGGCCCUUGAAACUAUGAAAAGCCUCGACAGAAAACUGGCAGACCUGAAGAAACGUAGAUCUGCACUGAGGGACUCCCUGAAAGCCUCCACAGUGGAGGUGAUCCGUCCCCAGAAGGCUGCUCUUUUUGAAAGUGCACCUGAGGAUCCAAAACUGACAGAGCUCAACAGUGAUAUAGAUAAGAUCAACAAAGCUCUGGCGAGGAAUGAAAAAGAAAUCCUGAACAGAUUGAGGACCUCGCUGGACACCAGAGAUCCCAUUCAAGACUUGGAAAAAAGGCAGCAAGAGAAUGAGAAAUCUGCUCUGACUGUCAGAAAGCUGGAGUCAGACAAGUCUGCCAUCCAAAGAGAGGUGGAUCCAAUUCUGCUCAAGAAACCUCUGGGACCAAAGGCCUCCAUGCUGCCGCCGAAAUUCAGUGAUGCCAACAACAAGAUCCACAACAUCAACACACUUAUUGAUCUUUAUAAUAAAAAAGUAACAGCCUCCAUGUUCCUGGAGAAACAGUUGGAAAAGACUGAGGUCACCGUUUCUUGGUUUGAGCAGCAAUUAACUAAAGAUGGGGUCAUUCUUGAUCAGCCAGAUGUCCUUCAGAGUCGCACCAAGAAGCUGCAGAAUCUGCAGCAGGACGUUCUCCCGAAGAAAGAAGAACUGAACAAGUUAGGCAAAGAUCUGGACCUGACCAAGCAAGCAUGCAGCACUCUUCAACAGAGUCAUGACGAGUACUGCCCUGACAUGCGCCGCCAGGAGAGUCAGGUGAAACUCCUGAAGAACCGUUAUACGAACAUCAAUAAUCAGCUCCAGGAGAGGUUGACUCUCCUUAAACAAGCAUCCUACAAAAAUCAAGAGUUUAAUAAUGUUGUUCAGUCACUGGACUUUUUCUUGCUCAAUUUGCCCGAUAACUCAAUCAAACCUACUGAUGGUCUGGGAGAAAUAAAGACAAAGGAGAAUUCCCAAAAGAGAGUGAUGGAGGACAUUCAGAAGAGAUCUGGGGAUAUAGCCCGACUCAAGGAUCUGUCCAAAGAUCUGCAGAGAGUUUUAAAUCAAUAUGAAAUCAAGUCAAAAACGUAUCGUGGCACUUUGAAUGAUGAUGAUGAUGAAGAGGACAAUGAGAAUGGUGAAGAUGAAACCUACAAGACAACAGCUUCAAAGAAACGUCUAACAUCAACUCUGGCUCAAGACGUGCAAAGAACGGAGAAAGACCUGCUGAACCGCUUCUCUGAGAUCUCGGCUGAAAACAACCAGCGAAUCAGUCAGUUGGGGACAGCAAAGAACAUCGUUGCAAUGAGUAAAGAGAAAGUGAGUCAGGUGGCUGUCAACCAUCAGCUGCAGCUUCAAAGUCAGCAGAAGAACUUGGUGGAAUCCGAUAGUCUGAAAAAGAAAUUAGAUGAAGAAAUGAACAGGCGUUUACAUUCUGAGAAUAACCUGGAAGCCUACCAGAAGAGGUUUUUGUCUCUAAAGCACAGGCGAGGAGUGGAGAGGUUGGAGGAGAAGGACGUGGUGCAGUAUUACCGUGAACCAAAACUGGAGGCAGAGCUCCAGUCCCUAAAACAUCGCAUCCAGGAGGAAGAAUUCAGUAGAUCCAGAAUCAAGUCUGAGAUAGAACUGAUCAAUGAGAAGAUCGUCACAGUUGAACUACAACUGACCAAAGUGGAACCUAAACUAGUGACCAAAGUGCUCACUGAAUAUGAGAGAGACCCCAAACUUGAUAAAGAAGCGGCUGAGAUCAGAGAUGAGAUGGAGAGAAUCCGGAUGGAGCUUCAAAAAAGAGAGACUGAAACAGUCCACGUGAAAACUGAGCUCACGGUUCUGGCUCAGCAGAAACCAAAAAUCAGGGAGAAGGUUGUCAAAAAAGAAGUGGUGAGACUGGAAAAAGAACCAGAGAUGCUAAAAGCUGUUCUAACUUUCCAAGGUGACAUUGCAGAGGAGGAAUUACGCUGCAAGUCUCUCAGCGAUGUAAUUUUUAGCACCAGGUCCCAGAUUAACACACUGGAGAGGAUCAUCCCAUCCAUUGAACCCAAGAUCGUUACCAAAGUUGUGAAACAAGUGCAGCAAGAUCCACAACUGAUAGGUGAUUCAAAGAAAAUAAGAAUGGCUUUGGAAGAGGAAAAGGACGAGAAUGCUAUCCUGAUGAAGGACCUCGCCACCCUUCAGCUUCGCUUUAGUGAACUGGAACUGAUGAAGCCCAAAGUGGAGGUCAAAGAGAUUGUCAAUGAGAUCUACAGAGUUGAUCCUGACACUGAGGUUGAGCUGGUGCGCCUGAAGAAGGAGCUACAGAAUUUGAGUCGGAACCGUUCAGACCUUGAGAAAGAGAUUGACUCGGUGACAACAACCCUGACUACACUACGCACCCAGAAACCCAAAGUGGAGUACAAGGAGGUGACCCAAGAGGUCAUCAAAGAAGAGAAGAGCCCAGAGGUUAUGAGGGAGUUGCAAAGACUGAAUAACCAAGUCUCCCGCCUACAAGUCAACUAUGACACCACAUUGGAGCUGCUAACCCACCUACGGAAGGAAAGAAAUGAACUGAAAGCUGAAAAAUCUAAAGUGGAGACAAAGUUUCUGACAAAGGAGGUCAUCAAGUAUGAGAAUGACCCUCUUCUGGAGAAGGAGGCUGACAGACUUCGAAGAGAUGUACGAGAGGAGAUCCAUCAACGCCGACGUUUGGAGGAAUUUUUCUUUGAACUACAGAACCAAUACAUUACGCUUGAAAGGCAGAAACCAGAGCAAAAGAUUGUCACCCAGGAGGUUGUUCGCCUUCAGAAAGACCCCAAGCAGAUUCUGGAGCAUGAGAAGUUGAAUAAGACCUUGGACGAAGAAAUGAAGGCACGCAGAAAACUCGAAUUAGAGGUCAGACAGCUGAGAGCACUGAUUGAAGAGAAAGAGAGAGACUUGGCUAAGAUGGAUGAUCGCCAAAAGAUGAUCCAAAUAGAGUCUGAGCUCAGGCAGAUCAAGGCUCGCAUUCUUGAACUGGAGAAUGCUCCACCACCUGUUGAAGAGAAGAUCAUCAUUGAGGAGGUCCUGAAAGUGGAGAAGGACCCCAAGCUGGAAAAACUCACUGACGGUAUUCGUUUUGAAAUGGAGAAGGAGAGCAACAACAUUAGCCGUUUUGAGAGAGAAAUUCGAAACCUCAAACUGAAGUUGGAGAUUCUGCAAAGGGAGAAGUCCGUUGAGAAGGUUGUUUACAGAGAAGUUGUUCGUGUAGAGAAAGACCCAGCAGUUGAAGCUGAAAGGGACCAUCUCAGAGAUAUUGUAGCACAGGAGAGGAAUCAAAGGCGAAAUCUAGAAGACAGCCUCCAGAGCAUAAACAACCAAAUAAACCAUGUGCAGACAUCAAGGUCCGUGACUUCUCAGGAAGAGACAGUUCUCAUCACAAGCAGAGACGCUCUGCAAAGGGAGAAAGAAGAUCUCCUCAAACAGCUUAAAGCGCUGGAGUCUGACAGGCAAACCACCACCAUUACCUUCCAACAACAGUCCAAGCUGAUGAGCGAGAGGAACCAGAUGGCACGCCAGAGAAGUCUUAAAACAUCCUCUGAGAUCCAACGGCUGGAGAAAGAUAUCCUGAAUGAGAAGGAUAAAAUACACCAGAGGGAGACCCUCAUUGCUGAGCUGAAGAAAGGCAUAAAGUCAGAUGAUCAUUCAGAAAUACACAGAGAGAUAAACCUCUCAACUAAGAUCACCAUCCUGGAUCCAGAGACCGGCAAAGACCUGUCUCCCUAUGAUGCUUACUUACAAGGAGUAAUUGAUAGAAACUACUACCUUCAACUGUCUCAGCUGGAGUGUGACUGGGAGGAAAUCACUUCAACCGGUCCAGAUGGAGAUAUAACGGUUCUGCAAGAUCGACAAAGUGGGAGGCAAUACUCUGUGAAGGAUGCUCUGAAGGAAGGUUGCCUGACUCAAUAUGACCUGGUCCGCUACAAGGAGGGUAAAAUACCUGUCUCUGAAUUUGCCCUCCUUGUUGCAGGAGAAAGGCCUCAACCUUAUGUUGCCCCAAAAUCCACAAGCAAGCCCAUCCCAUCUUCCCCUCUGAACUCCAUGCCUUCACCCUUAAAGUCUUCUUACACCAACCUGAGCACUCAACGCAGCAGCAGCAGUUUAAACAACCUUACUCUUCCCACAGGAGAUGAUUCUUUCCCAAUCUCUGGCAUAUUUGACACCACAACUGAUACCCGCAUGUCUGUGAGAAGUGCUCUCACACGCAAAUUCGUUGAUCCAGACACCGCAAUGAGGCUGCUCGAGGCACAGUCAGCCACUGGCGGGAUCGUCGAUCUGGGCAAAAAGGACAAACUCUCUGUCCACAAGGCAGUUGACCACGGCCUAAUCGACUCAGGCCACAUGCAAAAGCUACUAAGCGCCCAGAAGGCUUUCACUGGAGUCGAGGAUCUUGUGACAAAACAGCGCCUGGCAGUGGGACUGGCAGCACAGAAAGGCUACAUGACUAAAGAGAACGCCAAGAGGUACAUGGAGGCCCAGUACCUCACAGGUGGGUUGGUGGACCCCAGUAAGGCAGGCCGUCUAACUAUCAAAGAGGCGCUUGCAGCAAAUCUGAUUGACAGCACAAUGGCUAAUGAGCUAAAAGAUGAGGCUUUGCACUCCAAAGAGCUGGUUGACCCCAUCACCAAGGAGAAGAUAUCAUACAAGCAGGCUAUGGAUCGGUGUAAGAGAGAUGUAACUACUGGGCUUCUGCUGCUUCCUGUUGCCUCAACAGAUGCUGCAAAUGCUCCAUCCUACUCUAAUUACCGCUUCCUUUAACAACAAAAUUUAAAAAGAGAUUGAAAUUAUCUACAGCUUGUGGUGCUAGGCAAACUGACAGGAGAGGAGAAUCAGAAAUGUUUAUGCAUAUAUCAGAUGAAGAAAAAAACAUAUAUUUUGGUGGGAAUGUACUCAUGGAUUGUUUUUCUCUGUAAUAGUUCUGGUUUUCUGUAAAAAUAAAGGUGUUUUUGUCAUACCAUUUGUCAUAUCAUAAACUGUUGCCAUGCAUAUUCUUAUUAAACUUAACCAGCUCACA